GAUGAACAAGGCGAUUAUUUAUCAACAAAGUGAAAUCCUUGUUUAGUGGGAUUCUCAUUCUCUUCCCACCACUCACACACAAACCAAAUACUAGUAGCUCUCAUAUUCUUUCUUUCUUUGCACAUUUCUUUAUAGUUUUGGUUCAUCAUCUUUUUUAUUAUUUGUUUAUUCUAAAAAGUAGUCAUCGGUGUUUCCCUUUUGGGUCCUAUUGCUCAUUGCCACGUGGGUCCCUGGCACCCAACUCACUUGAUCUUGACACUCAUCAUAGUGACAACAAUAAAGUUGUUUUUCCCUCUUCAACUGCCUCUCUCUCCUUUCAAUGUUCAUGGUGGUGUGUGCAGCGCGCUAAACUAGUUGGAUUCGAACUUGGAGAUCAAAGAAGUUUAUAUGUUUCGCCAAAAUUUGAGCAGGGGACCUCUCAAAAUAUUGACGAGGUGGCUCAUAUUCCUUACUAUCUUACAAGUCAGUUGUGCUAUCAAAGAUCCUGAUGUAGAAGGUGAAGCUCUGCUUGAUCUUUUGCAUUUCCUCAAUGAUUCCAAUAAGCAAAUAACGGACUGGGACAGUUUUUUAGUGAGCCCGUGCUUCAGUUGGUCUCAUGUCACUUGUAGAAACGGGCAUGUCAUAUCCCUGGCCUUGGCUUCAGUUGGAUUUUCUGGAACGCUUUCUCCCUCAAUUAUCAAAUUGAAGUAUUUGUCUAGCUUAGAAUUGCAGAACAACAACCUUUCUGGACCCUUGCCUGAUUACAUUUCCAACUUGACAGAGCUACAAUAUCUAAAUCUUGCUGACAACAAUUUUAAUGGUUCUAUACCAGCUAAAUGGGGUGAAGUACCCAAUCUAAAGCAUCUGGAUCUUUCAUCUAAUGGUCUUACGGGAAGCAUCCCAAAGCAACUCUUUUCAGUUCCAUUGUUUAACUUUACAGAUACGCAACUUCAGUGUGGCCCUGGCUUCGAGCAGCCUUGCGCUUCUAAAUCUGAAAAUCCAGCUUCAGCUCACAAAUCAAAAUUGGCAAAAAUUGUACGUUAUGCAAGUUGUGGUGCAUUUGCACUUCUGUGUCUUGGGGCUAUCUUUACGUAUCGACAACAUCAAAAGCAUAGGCGAAAAAUUGAUGUCUUUGUUGAUGUUUCAGGUGAAGACGAGAGAAAGAUUUCUUUCGGGCAAUUGAGAAGAUUUUCUUGGCGUGAACUUCAACUUGCCACUAAAAAUUUCAGUGAAGGCAAUGUAAUUGGUCAGGGUGGCUUUGGAAAAGUGUACAAAGGAGUACUCUCUGAUAACACAAAAGUCGCUGUGAAACGCCUCAUUGAUUAUCACAAUCCUGGUGGAGAGGCUGCAUUCGAGAGAGAAGUUCAACUAAUAAGUGUUGCAGUUCAUAGAAACCUCCUAAGACUAAUUGGCUUCUGCACAACCACAACUGAAAGAAUCCUUGUAUACCCUUUCAUGGAAAAUCUUAGUGUAGCAUAUCGACUGAGAGAUUUAAAACCUGGUGAGAAAGGCUUGGACUGGCCAACAAGGAAACGCGUGGCUUUUGGCACUGCCCAUGGUUUGGAGUAUUUACAUGAGCAAUGCAAUCCCAAGAUAAUACAUCGUGAUCUAAAGGCUGCAAAUAUCCUACUAGAUGAUGAAUUUGAAGCUGUUCUAGGUGAUUUUGGGCUAGCCAAGCUGGUUGAUGCAAGGAUGACUCAUGUCACCACUCAAGUUAGGGGCACAAUGGGUCACAUUGCCCCAGAGUAUUUGUCCACUGGAAAAUCUUCAGAAAAGACUGAUGUUUUUGGAUAUGGCAUAACACUUCUUGAACUUGUCACCGGUGAGCGUGCAUUAGACCUCUCUCGGCUUGAAGAGGACGAGGAUGUUCUUCUGAUUGAUUAUGUGAAAAAGCUGCUGAGAGAGAAAAGGUUGGAGGACAUUGUUGAUAGAAAUUUGGAGAGUUAUGAUCCAAAGGAAGUUGAGACGAUUCUACAGGUUGCAUUGCUUUGCACCCAAGGCUAUCCCGAGGAUCGUCCAACCAUGUCAGAGGUGGUGAAAAUGCUGCAGGGAGUUGGCUUGGCAGAUAGAUGGGCUGACUGGCAGCAACUUGAAGAGGCUAGGAAUCAAGAAUUCUCACUCAUGACUCACCAAUUUGUUUGGAAUGAUGAGUCUACUCUUGAUCAAGAAGCCAUACAGCUUUCCAGAGCAAGAUAAGCAGAGCUGGAGAGUCAAUUUUGAAAUUUGGUUGCUUGGUAUGGCAUAGAAUAUAACAUAUACUGAUAUACUAUACUUAUGUGUAAUUUAAUGUUCUCUAAAGAAAAAUGUAUAAUUAACUAAAAAAGCCUGUGUUUAUAUAAUGCUGGAUGUACGAUGGAAAAGAAAGGAAAGGAAUGAGGGGGAUUUGGCACAGGCAAACAUAUUCGAACAGGAGAAAAUUUAGGUUGCAAAUGUAUAUAUCACAACUGUGUUGCUUUUGUAACCAUGGAAAUUAAUGGCUUGUGCUUGCAAAGUUGCUAUAAUCUUUC